AUGUGUGACUAUUUUGGGUAUGAUGCCAGUGCCAAAGCUCGUAAAUAUGUGGAGCACUUGGAGGUCCAGGGACAAGCACUGGAGGAUUCAGGCCGGGUGGUGCUGGUACAGGCUAUGGACCUGGAGGUGCUGGUACUGGCUAUGGACCUGGUGGUUCUGGUACAGGCUACGGACCUGGAGGUGUUAGACCUGGAGGUGCUGGUACUGGCUAUGGACCUGGUGGUGCUGUGCUGGUACUGGCUAUGGACCCGGUGGUGCUGGUACUGGCUAUGGACCUGGUGGUGCUGGUACAGGCUAUGGACCAGGUGGAGGAGUUGGGCCUGGUGGUGCUGGCUAUGGACCCGGGGUGCUGGUACUGGCUAUGGACCUGGUGGUGCUGGUACAGGCUAUGGACCAGGUGGAGGAGUUGGGCCUGGUGGUGCUGGUACAGGCUAUGGACCAGGUGGAGGAGUUGGGCCUGGUGGUGCUGGCUAUGGACCCGGGGGUGCUGGUACUGGCUAUGGACCAGGUGGAGGAGUUGGGCCUGGUGGUGCUGGCUAUGGACCCGGUGGUGCUGGUACAGGCUAUGGACCUGGAGGUUAUGCUGGUGCCAAAGCCCGCAAAUAUGGUCUGCCUGGAGGUACCCUGGGUGCAGGAGGACUUGGUGGUGGAGCUGGGCCUACUUCUGGGCUCGGAGUAGGAGGAGGGGUUCCCGGGAGAGGUGUUGGACUAACAACUGGUGGUGGACCUGGAGCAGGACAGGGGACUGGCGGAAUACCUGGUUCUGGUGUUGGAACGGGAGGUGGGCCGAGUGGCUUUGGACCAGGCAGUGCUGGAGGGCUUCCCAGUGGAGGAACAUUGGGAGGAACAGGAUAUGGACCUGGUGGAUAUGGACCAGGUGGAGGCUAUGGUGCAGGACCAGGGGCUGGAUAUGGAACAGGAUAUGGAGCUGGAUCAAAACCUGCUAAAUACGGUCAAGGUGGAAUGGGUGCUGGUGGGGUACUUGGAGGUGGAGCAGGAGGAGGUGGCUAUGGCACAGCUGGAUCUAAAGCUGCUAAGUAUGGGCAACCUGGUGGAGUUGUUCCUGGGGCAGGAGCAGGGACCGGCACUGCGGGAUCUGGUACAGGGACCGGCACUGCGGGGCCUCGUACAGAGACCGGCACUGGUGUUUCAGUAAAUGGCACCAGCACAAGCAGCAGUGCAGGAACAAUUGGGCCCAGUGGAGGAGGACUUGGAGCCACAGGAGGCACACCAGCCCCAGCAUCAGAAGUCCUUAUUCCAGGUGAUGCUGGUGCUGGCAGUGUGAUAGAGGGGUCUGGAAGUUCUGGAGGAGAAGGAGGUACUGGUGUAGCUGGCAGACCAGUGGGUGAAGCAGGUGACAGAGAUAGCUUGGGUGGAACAGGAAUCCCCAUCAUUGGAGCAAAACCAGGACUCAAUGGGACAGAAGUUCCAGGUCCCACAGGAGCCGCCCCUGUUGGGGGCAGGACUGUACAACCAAGUGGUGGUACAGGACUUCCUUCUGGAGCAGGUUCUGGUGGUGAUAUCUCAAUAGGGACACUGCCUGGAGCCAAACCUCUCAGACCCCCAGGUGUCCCCAGAGGUGACACGCCAGGUGAAGGAGAUGGAGAGGGAGGUCCUGAUGGAGAGAGAGGUGGUACAGGAGGCACAGGUGGAAGAGUAGGAGGGAGUCCUACCAGUGCAGGAGCAGCAGGAGGAGUUUCAGGUGGCGUAACAGGAGAGGGGAGAGGAGACAGUACUGCUACUGGAACUGGAGUUGGACCAGGAGGUACAGCUGGUAGAGUUGGAGGAACACCAAAACCACCCAAAGAAUACAGACCUGAUGGGACUGUAGCAGGAGGUGUAAGUGGUGGACCUGGUGGAGUUGGUGGUGUGGCAGGAGGAGGUCCAGGAGGAGUUGGAGGAGGUCCUGGAGGAGCAAGCUUGGUACCUGGGGCUGGUGGGUCUGGUGGAGUAGGAACAGGAGUCCUUAAACCUGGAAAAAGCUAUGGUGCUGGUGGUGCUGGAGUUUUACCAGGUGGAGGCAUACGUUACCCGACUGGAGCUGGAGUAGGACAGGGAGCAGGAAAAUCCAGCAAAGUAUAUGGGGCUCUUGGAGCAGGAGGCCAGGGUGGGGUUGGGCCUGGCAGUUAUGGAGCUGGUCCUGGUGGCUAUGGUACUGGUCCAGGAGGUUAUGGUGCAGGACCGGGAGGUUAUGGGGCUGGUGGUUACGGACCUGGUGGCACUGGACCAGGUGGAUAUGGGCCGAGCACUGCCGGGACAGGACUGGGUGGUGUCGGAACCGGCUCAGGUGGCUUUGGACCAGGUGGUGUUGGUACAGGACCAGGCAGCCAUAGACCUGGUGGAGCAGGGGUUAUUCCUGGUCUUUAUACUGCUGGAGGUCAAAGACUGGGGACAAGAAAGCCACCCAAGUCAGGCUAUGGAUCAUCCUCACUGGGUGGAGCAGGCUAUGGGCAAGGUGGUGCUGGCACAGGAACAGGUGGUUUCGGACCAGGUGGUGCUGGCACUGGAACGGGUGGUUUCGGACCAGGUGGUGCUGGAAUAGGAACGGGUGGCUUCGGCACAGGAACGGGUGGCUUCGGACCAGGUGGUGCUGGCACAGGAACGGGUGGCUUUGGACCAGGUGGUGCUGGAACAGGAACGGGUGUCUUCGGACCAGGUGGUGCUGGCACUGGAACGGGUGGCUUCGGACCAGGUGGUGCUGGCACAGGAACGGGUGGCUUCGGACCGGGUGGUGCUGGAACAGGAACGGGUGUCUUCGGACCAGGUGGUGCUGGCACUGGAACUGGUGGCUUCGGACCAGGUGGUGCUGGAACAGGAACGGGUGUCUUCGGACCAGGUGGUGCUGGAACAGGAACGGGUGGCUUCGGACCAGGUGGUGCUGGAACAGGAACGGGUGGCUUCGGACCAGGGGGCCAAAGAUUAGGAAAAAGAAAACCUGCUAAAUAUGGUUAUGGAGGAGCUGGGAAUGGAUCAGCAGGACGAUUAGGUGGAGGUACAAGAGCUGGUCCUGGUGGAGUUGGAGCUGGAACUGGUGGCUUUGGCCCAGGAGGUGCUGGAACUGGCGGCUUUGGUCCAGGAGGUGCUGGAACUGGCAGCUUUGGUCCAGGAGGUGCUGGACCUGGCGGCUUUGGCCCAGGAGGUGCUGGAACUGGCAGCUUUGGCCCAGGAGGUGCUGGAACUGGCGGCUUUGGUCCAGGAGGUGCUGGAACUGGCGGCUUUGGCCCAGGAGGUGCUGGAACUGGCAGCUUUGGCCCAGGAGGUGCUGGAACUGGCAGCUUUGGCCCAGGAGGUGCUGGAACUGGCAGCUUUGGUCCAGGAGGUGCUGGAACUGGCAGCUUUGGCCCAGGAGGUGCUGGAACUGGCGGCUUUGGUCCAGGAGGUGCUGGAACUGGCAGCUUUGGCCCAGGAGGUGCUGGAACUGGCGGCUUUGGUCCAGGAGGUGCUGGAACUGGGCCAGGGGGGUUUAGACCUGGUGGUGUGGGUGGAUAUGGACCUGGUGGCCAAGCACUUGGGAAUAGGAAGCCUCCUAAAUCGGGUUACGGCUCGUCGUUGGGUGGAACUGGCUAUGGACCAGGUAGUGCAGCAGGAGGAACAGGAGGGGCAGGAGGUCCUGCAGGAACAGGUCAGGGAGUAGGAGGAGGUGCAGGCGGCUUACCAGCAGGGGGUGUUGGCCCUGGCUAUGGUGGGGUGGCUGGUGGAAGCUAUCCAGGAUACACAGGGGCCGGGCAAAAAUCCAAGGCACAGAAGGCAGCCAAAUAUGCAGCCAUGCAGGCCUUUCUGGGAGCUGGAGGCUACAGAGGCGCUGGCUGUCAGGGUAAAUACUGUGGCCGAAGGAGGAAGUGAGAGACCAAAAGACAGGAAGUGACCUCAUAAACACAACAGUGGUGCUAUUGCAUGAUCCCAGAUGUCUCACCUGCCAUAGAAGCUAAAGCUUCAACACAUUCCGCAUGUUACAAUUUUCAUUAUCCUAGAUAAGGGUCUCUUUCAAAAAGAGUAUUGGUUCUCAGCAUGUUUGGGUCGUGAUUCCUAAAAACAAGGCGAUGCCUCUGUUGCAGGCUGCUGUGCAGAGUGGUAAGAUUUGUGUCCUUAUGUUGUUUUCUGGAUAAUUCAGCGAUUUGACUUCAAAACAAUUUUAAAUGUUCACCAUUUCACAAGAAACGGCACAAGUCCGUAUUGGGAUGCAUUUCUUUAAACAGAAAUUUCUUCCCCUAUGAAUCACCUUGUGACUCUCUUAGGAUCCCAACUACCAGGCUGAGAACCACUGAAAUAAAUGAUCAAUAUGUCUUCUGAAAUUCUGAGGCCAAGUUGUACUAUAAUACAGUUUUUGUUUAUUGUUGUCGAACAUCAUUUGUGUUCCUUUGCAAGUAUCACCAUGAAUCCUCUGGGUGAAGACUGAUACCAAGGACACCCUCAGGGCAGCUCCUUCAGACCUGUCUGCAUGCUGACACAAUGUUGUUGUGUUUUUCUCUCAAUUCAAGGCCAAGGCCAUACUUUUAUCCAGUUAGACUGGAUAGUGUUGGUUUUGUUUGUGUAAUGUGUUAAUUCACUGUUUUUAGCUUUUACAUCAAAGUGCAAACACUUGCAUAAUCUGUACAGACAAAGAAACGGCUGCUAUUUUGGGGGGAACUGUGAACAAAAGGGACUAAGUGGAUUUUUUUUUGUAGUGUUGUGUUUUGACUGGUCAUUAUCUGAUCCCUGAAAAGCAGUCCGUGUUCGUUUUAACUGUGCUCAGGCCUCAGCAGUAUCAACACAUCUGUUAACACUCGUGAGAUUCUUCCACUCCAUGCACAACAGUAAAGGCAAUGUUUUAUAGAUACACACAGAACACUGAUUGGGAUUAGUGUAAACUUUUGGUUAACGUGCAUAUUUUUUCAUGACUACAAGGAUUCAUUUGUUACAUUAUCAUGUGGCUUAGAUGUGGCCUUUACAUUUGCUGUUGAGGUAAGCAAUUAAACUAAAUGUGAGGUAAUAUGAUGAGAAUAUGUGAUAAUGCAUUUAAAUGGCAUCUGAGGAGAAUUGAUUACUGUGUUUUUAUUUUUUGGAGUACCUCUCUUAACACUGUUGGGAAAUUGUCACGUUUGCUAGUCUUUUUAAAUUAUGCUGACAAAAAGCAGAAAAAGCUGAGUGCUUUAUCUAUUUAGUCUCAUUUUACGAAUUCAAUAUUAAAUAUUUGAGUUAUUUUGUUUGUGUAUUUUAACAGUUUUUAAACGUGUGUCCUACUAUGGUUUAUAUAAGUGCUUUGUUUUCUGCAUUGUGCUAAAUCACAAUGUAGUCUGUGAUGUAAUUUGGAUAAAAAGUGUAAUUUAAUCUCAUCUUGCAUUUGAGCUUGUGUCUCUAUCAUGUAGCUCAACAUGUGUUUUUAAUCUGCGUUUUUUAUGCGGCCUAUGAAGAAAAUUAUGCACUUUUGUACACGUUCAGACAAUGCUCUCUGAAAUAAACAAAUUACCAACGACA